CGUGGCUGUCCCUCUGUCCGUAGUCAUACUAGAAAUACGCAUAUGGAUCAACGCUGGCUCUUGCUGUUACUGCCUAAACAGGCUUGCCAUCCAUCAGUGCGCAUACGCUUCUUCGUCUCCGUCUGUCGCUGAGCUGGAGCGUCCUCGCCACCCUUACGCCCCGCCCAUCUUGCAGAGUUCUUGCAGAGAGAUAGACCAGAGCUUCCCUCUUCCAGCUGUACAGCACACGCCGCAGAGUGACUCACGGUGCUCGCUUCUUCUGCCAUGGACACUACCGCUCGUCCUCCAACGGUCCGCUCACGACCGCGCACAGCUGGGCAUGCAUCUAACAGCGUCUGCGCACUUGUUGAAAGCAGAGGCAUAUCGCGCUUGGUAGGAAUGGCUUUCUUCCUCUUGGACUCUGGCACUUGCAUCUUGACAGAAGUGGCAGAUACCUUCAUCCGUACCAUACACAAGCUUUGCGUGCUCGAGCCUACACAAAUUCUAGCCCCUGCCACCGCCUUUAGUCCUACCAAGAGCAAGCUCGUACGGAUCAUCGAGGAGAACACGCCCAACAACAACUUACGUGCUAUCUCUAGGAGACUAUUCUCUGAAGCGGAAGGGUUGGAAUACCUCUCCGAUUACUGCAUUGACCAGGAUAUCACAGCUGUAAAGACCGCCACCAGCGGCAAGUUCUUCUGUAUCGCUGCCUUUGCUGCCGGAAUCAAGCAUCUUGAGGACGAACACAAUACUGUCUUCGCUCCAAAGACACUUCGCAUCCAGUACCAGUCAUCGGACGGAGUCAUGCUGAUGGACUGGGGCACAGUACGAAGCUUGGAACUCAUCUCCAACUCAAUUGAGGCAAAGAGCGAUCGAUCUCUGCUCGGCAUCUUAAAGAAGACUGGUACGGCGGCAGGUCACAGAUUACUUCGCAGCAGUAUAUUACAACCAUUGACGAACAAAGACAUCAUUGAGCACAGACUGGAGCUUGUUAAGGAGUUCACAGAGAAAGAAACCUUGUUUUUUGACGUUCAGAAGGCAGUCAAGGGACAACAUGAUCUAGAAAGACUCUUGGCUGUGCUCGUGACUAAGCCUGCCCAAGUCAGCAUGAAGUUCUCGGAGCAACGUCUCAAUGAUGUUCUGUUGCUGAAGAGUGCGUUGCAGCUGGUAUUCUCGAUUGCAACCGCGAUGUCAAGAGCUGAGUCGGCGCUUGGCAUUGAGAUUGCAGCUCUCCUCUCCGCUGCUGCAAAGGACGAUGUCUUGGCUGCCAUAUCAGAGCUCAUCACUGAAGAUACUGAGGUAGCAUCUAGCCCCCUGGCUCUGCGAAACCAACGUUGUUAUGCCGUCAAAGCUGGUAUCAACGGCAUGCUUGAUCUUGCUCGCCAAACCUACAAAGAACUGGUCGACGACGCCGUCUCGCUAGCAACACAAUACGCAGAGGAGUAUGAGUUGCCAAUCCAGCUUCAGUUCGAGGCCAAUCGAGGCUUCUUUCUCUCCAUACCGAUCGGUCAAACUGAUCACCAUGAGCCAUUGCCCGAUACCUUUGUGAACCAAGUCAAGCGCAAAAAGACCAUACAGUUUUCGACUUUGGACUUGGCCAAACGAAAUGCUCGCAUUCAUGAAGCACUCAACGAACUACUGAUGCUGAGCGACGAGGCCGUCGAAGAGUUGGUUGAAACCAUUCAGACGCACAUCAGUGGGUUGUACAAACUUUCUGAGGCGAUCGCUUUGCUCGACAUGUUGCAUGCAUUUGCAUCCGUUGCAAUCUCUUCGAGGUAUGUCAGGCCUCACUUCUCUGACGAUACACUCGGGAUCAAGCAAGGCAAGCACCCAGUCAAGGAGAAACUCGAAGGUCUGCAUUACGUGGCCAAUGACACCUUCGCCAACGUGAAUUCUCGAUUUCAGAUCGUGACAGGUUGUAACAUGGCUGGCAAGACAACGUAUCUCAAAGCGAAUGCAUUGCUUGUAGUCAUGAGUCAAAUUGGGUCCUUUGUACCGGCUGCUCAUGUAGCAACGCCAAUAUUCGAGCAAUUAUGCACACGGUUUGCUACGGAUGAUGGUACUGAUGUCGACGCCAGUACAUUUUCCGCAGAAAUGCAAGAUAUGGCCUUCAUCAUGAGAGAAGCCAAGGCAAGUUCCCUGGUUUUGAUUGAUGAAUUGGGUCGAGGCACCUCUACCAGCGAUUCUCUCGCAAUUGCGACGGCCAUUUGUGAAAAGCUGCUGGUGAGUAAGGCCACGGUUUUGUUCGCCACGCACCUACACGAGCUUGCCCAAGUCUUACAAUGGCGCCCUGGAGUUACGUGUCUUCGAUUGCGAGUGAGCGAAGAGGCAGACCGGCUAACCAUGCACUACCAAGUUGCGGAUGGUACCUGUCAACAGAGCGCGUAUGGUCUGAAGCUCGCCCAAUCGACUGCGCUACCAAGUACUUUGACCGAUCGGGCUGUGGGACUGAGGACCGCUCUUCUGGUACGCCAAGCCGACCGUCGCGCCGCAAGCAAGAUCGGCAAAAUAGUCGCACGUCGCAAAGCCGUCUUGGAGCUUCAGUUGUCAUUGAUGCGUUCCGCUGAGUCUGUUCUGGCAGAGAAAGACACGCAUGCUCUUCUACUUCGCCUACAGUCAGCAUUCCUGGACAAUUUGGCCUAAGUCUCUGCCCAUCGAAUGACGGUGACGGAUGUUGUGAAAACCAUAGCCACGAUGCCAGUGCAGAUGAGUAGAAUAUCGACCGCCUGUACGAAACGUGAAGAAGCGACGCUUUUCAGGUGCAACAAUGCUGGAUAGAUGUAGACCAAAGGCACACAAGCAAAUGACCCGAUUAAAGCCACGAAUUUAUCCAGAUCAUUCGCGCCGAGCAAGGCAAGCAGACCACAUGCAAGAACCAUGCACAACCUAAAACUGUUCUUCUUCCA